CGACAGGCUAACUCAGUCUCUGAUAGGAGCCGCUCUGAGCAAUCCCUAAGCUCGACCCUUUCCCCCAACUCCGCCCCUCUCCUUCUGCUACCGGCGCUGGCUGCCUUGUAGGAAAUAGUCUGGCGGGUAAGCUCGACGUGUCUGGGAAGGGGCACGCUAGUUUGGCUGCAGGCGCCUCUGGGGGAUUUUUGCUUGUCCGAGCAGCUGCGGAUAGCAGGCGGUGCGCUGCGAUCGGGCACCAUGCUCGACCCGUCCUCCAGCGAGGAAGAGUCCGAUGAGGUGUUGCUGGAGGAAGAGAGACGGGAUGUGCUGGUGGUGGCCGGCGGGUGCUGUGCAAACAGCUCGCAGCGAGUCCUUCUGGCGAACCGGGAGCCGGGGCGGCAGGGGAGUGGGAGCAGCACGGCCGCCAGACCGGCCAGCCCCAGCCCCUCGGUGCGCAGCGAAGGGAAAGAAGAGCAGGAGCGGCUGCAGAAGGAAGAGAAGGAGAAGCGGCUGCGGCUCCAGCUGUAUGCCUUCAUCGUGAGGUGCAUCGCGUACCCGUUCAACGCCAAGCAGCCCACGGACAUGGCCAGGCGGCAGCAGAAGUUAAACAAGCAACAGCUACAGGUUGUGAAGGAUCGCUUUCAGGCCUUUCUAAAUGGAGAGACUCAGAUUGUGGCUGAUGAGGCAUUUUGCAAUGCAGUUCGAAGUUACUAUGAGGUUUUUCUCAAGAGCGAUCGAGUUGCCAGGAUGGUUCACAGCGGAGGAUGCUCAGCAAAUGACUUCAGAGAUAUUUUUAAGAAGAACAUAGAAAAGAGGGUUCGAAGUUUGCCUGAAAUUGAUGGAUUAAGCAAAGAGACUGUGUUAAGUUCUUGGAUAGCCAAAUAUGAUGCUAUUUACAGGGGAGAAGAGGACCUGUACAAACAGCCCAAUAGGAUGCCUUUAAGUGCUGUAUCAGAGCUUAUUCUGAGCAAAGAACAGCUUUAUGAAAUGUUUCAGCAGAUUCUAGGAAUCAAAAAACUGGAGCACCAAUUGAUCUACAAUGCCUGCCAACUGGACAAUGCCGAUGAACAAGCAGCCCAGAUUAGACGUGAACUUGAUGGGCGUCUCCAAAUGGCUGACCAAAUGGCAAAAGAAAGAAAAUGUCCAAAGUUUAUAGCAAAAGAAAUGGAGCAGAUGUACAUAGAAGAAUUGCGGUCUUCAGUGAAUUUGCUAAUGGCAAAUUUGGAAAGUCUUCCAGUGUCCAAAGGUGGUCCAGAAUUUAAAUUACAGAAGUUAAAGCGGUCACAGAAUUCCACGUUCUUGGACAUAGGGGAUGAAAAUGAGGUUCAGCUGUCAAAAUCUGAUGUGGUGCUGUCAUUCACACUGGAGAUUGUUAUAAUGGAAGUUCAAGGCUUAAAGUCAUUAGCCCCCAACCGUAUUGUUUACUGCACAAUGGAAGUGGAGGGAGGAGAGAAACUCCAGACAGACCAAGCAGAAGCAUCAAGACCACAAUGGGGAACUCAAGGAGAUUUUACCACAACUCAUCCUCGGCCUGUUGUCAAAGUCAAACUUUUUACAGAAAGCACUGGGGUCCUGGCACUGGAAGAUAAAGAACUUGGACGGGUAAUAUUGUACCCAACAUCCAACAGCUCCAAAUCAUCUGAGCUGCAUAAAAUGAUUGUUCCCAAAAACAGUCAAGACUCGGACUUGAGGAUAAAACUGGCAGUGAGGAUGGAUAAACCGCCACACAUGAAGCAUUGUGGGUAUUUAUAUGCACUUGGUCAGAAAGUUUGGAAAAGAUGGAAAAAACGCUACUUUGUUCUUGUACAGGUUAGCCAGUACACAUUUGCUAUGUGCAGCUAUAGAGAGAAGAAAUCUGAGCCUCAAGAGUUAAUGCAGCUUGAAGGAUACACUGUGGACUAUACAGCACCUCAUCCAGGCCUUCAGGGUGGUCAGAUGUUCUUCAACGCUGUAAAAGAAGGAGACACAGUGAUAUUUGCCAGUGAUGAUGAGCAAGAUAGAAUCCUGUGGGUUCAAGCAAUGUAUAGAGCAACAGGUCAGUCUUAUAAGCCGAUCCCUGCAAGUCAAGCACAGAAGAUGAAUUCAAAAGGAAGCAAUAUCCACACAGAUCUAUCACAGAAUGCAGAUCGGACUCAGAAGCAUGGCAUGGAUGAGUUUAUUUCUGCUAAUCCUUGCAAAUUUGACCAUGCUGCACUCUUUAGAGUACUUCAGAGGCAGACCUUGGAUCACCGAUUGAAUGAUUCCUAUUCUUGUUUGGGUUGGUUUAGCCCAGGCCAAGUCUUCGUGUUAGAUGAAUAUUGUGCUCGUUACGGUGUGAGAGGCUGUCACCGCCAUCUCUGCUAUCUGAAUGAAUUGAUGGAACACUCAGAGAACGGCGCUGUCAUUGACCCAACCUUGCUUCAUUACAGCUUUGCCUUUUGUGCUUCUCAUGUUCAUGGCAACAGGCCUGACGGAAUUGGAACUGUAACUGUUGAAGAGAAAGAGAGGUUUGAAGAUAUUAAGGAAAGGCUUUCUGCUCUUUUAGAAAAUCAGAUAAGUCACUUCAGGUAUUGUUUCCCUUUUGGCCGUCCUGAAGGAGCAUUGAAAGCUACACUUUCAUUACUUGAAAGGGUGUUAAUGAAAGAUAUUGCCACUCCCAUACCAGCAGAAGAAGUGAAGAAAGUGGUUAGAAAAUGUCUGGAGAAAGCAGCCUUGAUCAAUUACACUCGGCUUACAGAUUAUGCCAAAAUAGAAGCAAAAAAUGAAAAGGAUACAGAGACGCUGAAUCAAGCAUCUCCUUCUGUAAAGCUGGAAGAGGUUAUUCAUUUAGCCGAGCUCUGCAUUGAAGUUCUGCAGCAGAAUGAAGAGCACCAUUCAGAGGCAUUUGCUUGGUGGCCAGACUUGUUGGCUGAACAUGGAGAGAAAUUUUGGUCGCUUUUUACUGUUGACAUGGAUUCAGCACUGGAGGCACAGCCACAAGAUUCCUGGGAUAGUUUCCCUCUUUUCCAGUUGCUAAACAACUUCCUGAGAAAUGACUCACUUUUGUGCAAUGGAAAGUUUCACAAGCACUUGCAAGAGAUUUUUGUUCCCUUGGUCAUCCGCUACAUUGAUCUCAUGGAAUCAUCCAUUGCCCAGUCCCUUCACAGAGGUCUUGAACAAGAGUCAUGGCAGCCUGUCAAGACCAUCACCAACAGUCUUCCCAAUGUAGCUCUUCCAAAAGUUCCAAGUUUGCCUCUUAAUCUUCCACAGAUACCUAGUUUUUCUACACCAACCUGGAUGGCUUCCUUAUAUGACUCCACUAAUGGGUCAGCAACAUCAGAAGAUCUCUUCUGGAAACUUGAUGCACUACAGACGUUUGUCUUUGAUCUUCAUUGGCCAGAACCUGAAUUUGCCCAUCACUUGGAGCAGAGACUUAAACUUAUGGCCAGCGAUAUGAUAGAAGCCUGUGUCAAAAGAACAAGGAUUGCAUUUGAGCUCAAACUGCAAAAGACAAGCAAAUCAACGGACUUGCGUAUUCCCUCUUCUGUGUGUACUAUGUUUAACGUGCUGGUUGAUGCUAAGAAGCAAACUGCUAAGCUGUGUAUUCUGGAUGGGGGGCAGGAGUUUGCUGAUCAGUGGCAACAAUACCAUUCGAAAAUAGACGACUUGAUUGAAGAAACUGUGAAAGAAGUAAUUUCACUCCUGGUUUCAAAGUUUGUUGCAGUGUUGGAAGGUGUUCUGUCUAAAUUAUCAAGGUAUGAUGAAGGCACAUUCUUCUCAUCAAUACUCUCAUUCACUGUGAAAGCCGCUGCAAAGUAUGUUGAUGUUCCUACUACAGACCACAACCGUAAACCAGGGAUGGAUCUUGCAGAUACCUAUAUUAUGUUUGUUCGUCAAAACCAAGAUAUACUUCGAGAUAAGGUCAAUGAAGAAAUGUACAUAGAAAAACUGUUUGAUCAAUGGUACAGCAGCUCCAUGAAAGUCAUAUGUGUCUGGCUGGCGGAUAGAUUAGACCUUCAGCUUCAUAUCUACCAACUGAAGACUCUCAUCAAGAUAGUGAAGAAGACCUAUCGAGACUUCAGAUUGCAAGGCGUGCUGGAAGGAACCCUGAACAGUAAAACUUAUGAUACCAUCCACAGUCGUCUUACAGUUGAGGAGGCCACAGUCUCUGUAUCUGAUGGAGGUGGACUUCAAGGCAUCACUAUGAAGGAUAGUGAUGAAGAAGAAGGCUGAUAUGCUGUGUGCUCAUCAGGUGUUUGUUUUGUAAUUGGUUCUCGCAUUUGCGUUUUGGUUCUUCCUUAAUGCCCCAGUAUUAAAAUGUAAUUCAUCCCACUUGAAAGUGAAGAAAAAAUGCCCCGUGAACAAUGGGCUAGAAUGAAUAGGAGGGGAGCUUAGUGCCAAGGAUUUUCUGAAGCCCAUGGUUGGUUUUUUUCAUAUUUUUCUACAUUGCUUUGCUUUGCACUGUGAGAAUGCCAGCAUGGAGUCCAAGCUCCACUUGUGCUUCAGUUCCUUUUUGUUUGUAGAGUUGCAGUCUCUUCCUGUCCCUUCACUGAAGAGUGGGCAUGCCAUGUACAGAAAAGCAGACUUUAUGCAUCACACAACCUAGUCGGCAGGCAUUCUUGGAAAUUCUUCAAGCCAUCAUUUAAAGUGAACUUAGUGUCAGUUGCAAGGAUUACAGCCCUUCCUGUAUUUUCUAUGGUUUGUUGCUGUUGUUUGGGGGUCUUUUCCCCCCUUCAUGAUUAGAUGAAGUGCAUUAAAAAUCUUACCCUGGUUCCUAGUGCUUUGGUUUUGCUAUAUAUAAAGGCAGGAAGACUUCAAGGACUGCUAGAGAAACACACAAAUUAACUUCCAAGUGUUGCGUCUUCAUCCCUCUUGCAGGUUAAAAAAUCUCAUCAUGUUGGAUGUCAGGAAGCUUGCCUUCAGUAUUUCUAUGUCUCUGUGAACACUUUCAGGCAAUAAUAACCCACCCUUUUUUUUGUCACAGCCACCUCUGUAUUUAGCCCACGUUUGUAUAAAAUUCAAAAAUUAAAAUAUGUUUGCAAUAUUUGAAAUCACUUGACCUCUUGUGGUUUGUUAUUUUGUUUGAUUGGACUCUUGGGCUCAGCAGUAACAUGCAAUUUCCUGAAACCUUGCUGCAUUUGAUAAACUGGCUUUAUGUGAAGAACUAUUUGUGUGACUAAUCCUAAGACUUUUUAAAAGAUUAAAAAAACCUUGUAUCCAGUUCUAUUAAUACAAAAUGGAAAGUGUCAGAUAAAUGGAAUAGACAUAUUGUGUGUUCUCCAGUUGUUAUUUUUUUUUAACCUCAUAAAAUCUCUGCCUACUCGUGACAGCCUAAAUGUCUCUAAAGGAAUCUGGAAGAAUACUGUGCAAAGAGCAGUGGGAGGGGUUACUUGUGUUCCUAUUGACCCUAAAUGGCUGGCCCUAAUUUAUCAGUGAAGUGUUUUACUCCAAUUAAUUCCUUGAACAAUUCAGAAUCUUUGUGGCUUAUGCAACAGUUCUGUGCAAAGACAGGUCAUGCAACUUGACAGUUGUUCUACAAGCACAAAGACUUUAAGGAUUGAAAAGUAGCAGGCUUUGAAGAGGGUUUUUUGUUUAGCUUUGUUUUUAAGCGUUCAUGUAAACUGCAGAAGAAGGGCAAACAAGUUACACUUCGACAGGACUCUGCUUCUUCUAGAAGUGGCAAUUACUCUUUUCCCUAAGAACUCUAAAUGAAGCUGUUUAGUAGGAGAGAAAGGGCAAAUAAAAUAUUCUCGUGUUCUUGAACAAUAUCUUUGCAAACACGAAGGGGAGGAAAAUAUGUCUGGGUCCAGACUUGUUUUCUUUGAUCUCUCAUUCAGAGUAACCUUUGCUAUUCCCAGAUGAUAUCGGAAAAAGCCAAAGGUUUUCUGCUACAGUGAGUGAUCAUGCCAAGUUCAUUAUUAUUGCUCCAGUCUCUUGGGCUCAACACCAUUCAUUGGUGAUUAGAAAGAGCUGCAGGUUAGACACACCUUGCCAAAAGCAAGAAGUAGCCUUGCUUGAGAGGGUGGAUGUUACCUGCAGAUGUGUGGUUUGUCCUUUACAUAAAGGAAAAGAGAAUCCUAUGGGGGAACAGUAAACUAAAAGUCCCACAUUCAGCUGCUUGGCAUAACAAAUGUACAGACUGCUUAAGUUAGUCCUUAAAACUGGUUUAGUCUCAGUAAAGGAU